UCCGACAGCCGACAUAGACAACACUACAACAGAAAAUUAGUCACUCGUGUGUAUGAGGCACCUGAUGUGUUCGAACGUCAGGCCUUGUACUUGAAUUUAUACGAUUAUUACGAUUAAACAGAAUCCCGUAGAAUAAUAGAUGAGCUCGGACAUUACGGUCUAAUGUCGAGCGGUGAAUUUUUCCAGUGGUAGAUUUUGCAUUUACCCGCGAUCAUCAUCAUGAGCGAUUCGCUGGAUUACGGGCUCUCCGAGUCCACCCCGGAGCCACAGAAUGUGAUAACGGUCGAUUUUAUGACUUUUGUGGAUUACUUGAAGAAGAUCGUCUUCGUGCUACAUCCCGACGAUGAGUUCAACGUGCCGAUGGCCUUUGGCACGGCUGUCGAGGAUAAAACCAAUCAAGAGUGCAUCAAGAAAUUCUUGACUGAUUCACAAGUUUGGGCUCUCUAUAUCCAACGUAUAUCAAAUGAUGACGUUAGUGAGGCAGACGAUGAGAAAGAAAGUAUUUCUUAUUUCAUAUCAAAUGAAAUAUUUUUUGCUAAUCCUAAAAUGAUAUCUAUUGCAUUCACCAAGAGAGGUGCUGUCAUUGAAGCUGACAAAUCUAUACAUUCACAAUUGCGUAUAGUAUAUUUUUCUGACGGUUCUCCGUAUGAAACUUUGCACGCCAUAAGUAAAACUAUGGCUCCGUACUUUAAAAGUUAUGUGAGGGAGAAGGGUAAAAUUGACCGAGAUGGAGACAAAAUGGCUCCAUCAGUAGAAAAAAAGAUUGCAGAAUUGGAAAUGGGACUAUUGCACUUGCAACAGAAUAUUGAUAUUCCAGAAAUUAGUUUACCAAUUCAUCCUGUUGUUCAGCAAGUAAUUAAACAAUGCACCGAUGAGGGUAGAAAACCCAAAGUAGCAGAUUUUGGGGCCAAAGCAGAAGAUAGUUCCUUUUUGAAUCAAUUGCAAAAUGGAGUUAAUAGAUGGAUAAAAGAAAUUCAAAAAGUCACAAAAUUGAAUAGAGAUCCAGAAUCUGGAACAGCUUUGCAAGAAAUUUCAUUUUGGCUGAAUCUUGAAAGAGCUCUAUAUAGAGUUCAAGAAAAAAGAGAGAGCUUAGAAAUUAGCUUGACACUGGAAAUUUUGAAAUAUGGAAAACGUUUUCAUGCUACAGUUAGUUUUGAUACUGACACUGGAUUGAAAGAAGCAUUAUCAACUGUAUAUGAUUACAAUCUUCUAAUGAAAGAUUUUCCAAUCAAUGAUUUACUUUCAGCUACUGAAUUAGAUAAAAUUCGUUAUGCUAUUCAGCAAAUAUUCAUUCACCUAAGAAAAAUAAGAAAUACAAAAUAUCCAAUUCAAAGAGCGUUGAGAUUAGUAGAAGCCAUUUCUCGAGAUUUGGGAAUGCAAUUAUUGAAAGUUUUGGGAACAAGAAGAUUAAUGCAUAUAACAUUCGAUGAUUUUGAAAAAGUAAUGUCUCAAUGCUUUGAACUUUUUAACGCUUGGGAUGAUGAAUACGACAAAUUGACGCAAUUACUUAGGGACGUUGUUAAGAGAAAACGCGACGAGCACAUGAAAAUGGUCUGGCGCGUUUCUCCAGCUCACAAAAAAUUGCAAACAAGAAUGGAACAGAUGAGGCGUUUCCGUCGACAACACGAGCAGCUUAGAACCGUCAUCGUUCGAGUACUGAGACCAACACGACGAAACAGUCCGAUAAACGAGAAAAAUAGCAACGAUAAAGUUGAAUUUGCUUUUGACGCGGCCGAUGCCGAUGCGAUCAGCGAAGUCAACUUGGCCUACGAGAAUGUCAAAGAGGUAGAUUGUUUGGACAUCACGAAAGAGGGAUUGGAAUCCUGGGAAGCCGCUGUCGAUAGAUACGAAGAGAGAAUCGAGCGUGUAGAGGCGAGAAUUACUGCUCAUCUCAGAGAUCAAUUGGGAACCGCCAAGAAUGCCAAUGAAAUGUUCCGGAUUUUCUCGAGAUUCAAUGCCCUUUUCGUAAGACCUCAUAUACGAGGUGCCAUUCGAGAAUAUCAAACACAAUUGAUACAAAGAGUCAAAGAUGAUAUCGAAACUUUACAUGAAAAGUUCAAGGUUCAAUAUGCUCCAAGUAAAUGUUGCAGAAUGAGCACUGUAAGAGAUUUACCACCCAUUGCUGGAUCAAUCAUCUGGGUAAAACAAAUUGACUUUCAAUUAACGAUGUAUCUCAGACGCGUCGAGGAUGUACUCGGCAAAGGAUGGGAAAAUCAUAUCGAAGGCCAAAAAUUGAAAGCCGACGGCGAUAGUUUUCGCACGAAACUCUCGACUCAGGAAAUUUUUGACGACUGGGCUCGUAAAGUGCAACAACGUAACAUCGGGGUGACCGGUCGCAUAUUUACGAUAGAGUCCAUACGCUCGCGUGUAGGUAGAGGAAAUAUUCUCAAGCUGAAGGUCAAUUUUCUGCCGGAAAUCAUAACUUUGUCAAAAGAAGUGAGAAAUUUGAAAAAUUUAGGAUUUCGCGUGCCUAUUGCUAUUGUUAACAAAGCGCAUCAGGCCAAUUUACUCUAUCCAUUCGCAAUUAGUCUCAUUGAAAGCAUCAGAACGUACGAGAGAACGCUAGAAAAGAUUGAGGACAAGUCCAGUAUCAUACCUUUGAUUGCUGGUCUUCGUAGAGACGUCCUAACACUCAUCACCGAGGGCAUAACUCUCAUUUGGGAGAGCUACAAAUUAGAUUCUUAUGUACAGCGCCUCUCAGAUGCUGUUCUGUCGUUCCAAGAAAAGGUCGAAGAUCUUUUGGUUGUCGAGGAACAACUCGACGUUGACGUACGUUCGCUCGAAACGUGUCCGUAUUCCGCCAAUACGUUCGCCGACAUUUUGAUCAAAAUUCAAAAAUCAGUCGACGAGCUCUGUUUGAAGAACUUUUCGAAUUUGCAUUUAUGGGUGUCACGAUUGAACGACGAGGUAGAGAAGAGCUUAGCAUUCCGACUAGAAGCUGGCAUCAAAGCUUGGACAGAUGCUCUUAUGGGCAGGAAAAAGGUCGAUUUGAGCAUGGACACCGAUGCACCCAUGCUACCCGCGCAUAAGCUAGGCGGUGAUCCCAAGAUACAGAAUCAAUUCCACGAAGUUCGCAUUACCAACCAAACGAUGUAUCUGUAUCCGAGUAUAGAAGACGCAAGAUUCCAAAUAAUGCAGCAGCUUUUUGCUUGGCAAGCGAUCGUGACUUCUCAGACUCGAAUCCAAAGUUCUAGAUACCAGGUGGGUCUGGACAAACAGGAAUCGAGUACUUACCGAAAUCUGUUGACCAAAUUGCCCUCGGGCAAAAAUGCACUGGAGAUGUCUUAUGACGCCAUCGAGCAGAAAAUGCUCGACAUCAACAACUACGUCGAUCAGUGGCUUCGUUAUCAAUCGCUCUGGGAUCUGCAGCCAGAAAAUCUCUACGGCAAAUUGGGCGAAGAUAUUACGCUGUGGAUUAAGUGCCUGAACGACAUCAAGAAAACUAGGGCAACUUUCGAUACAUCCGACACGAGGAAAGAAUUCGGCCCCGUCAUCAUCGACUUUGCCAAAGUCCAAAGCAAGGUGUCUCUGAAAUACGACUCCUGGCACAAGGAGACGCUCGGAAAGUUCGGCUCACUGCUCGCCAACGAGAUAGCCAGCUUCCACUCGCAAAUAUCGCGAUCAAGAUGCGACCUCGAGCAGCACUCGAUCGAAACGGCCAGCACGACGGAGGCCGUCACCUUCAUCACCUACGUGCAGUCGCUGAAGCGAAAGAUGAAGCCGUGGGAGAAGAAGGUCGAUAUUUAUCGCGAGAGUCAGAGGAUCCUCGAGAGGCAGCGAUUCCAGUUCCCCUCGAACUGGCUGCACGUCGACAAUAUCGAAGGCGAGUGGGGAGCUUUCAAUGAGAUUAUGAGACGCAAGGACACGACCAUUCAAACACAAAUAUCUUCGCUGCAGCUCAAGAUCGUGGCCGAGAACAAGGCCAUCGAGGUCAGAACGUCGGACUUCCUCAACGAUUGGGAGCAAGAAAAACCGGUCGAGGGACAUUUGCGUCCAGACGAUGCUCUCCAGCAAAUCUGUACCUUCGAGAGCAAAUUCGCUCGCAUCAAAGAGGAGCGAGACAACGUUAGCAAGGCCAAAGAAGCUUUGGAACUUACCGAAACAGGUGGAAGUUCGGAUAACGAGGCUCGAAUGCAGGUGGUGUUUGAGGAGCUUCAAGACCUAAAAGGAGUCUGGUCGGAGUUGCUGAAGAUUUGGACGCAGAUCGAUGAGAUUCGCGAGAAGCCUUGGCUCUCGGUGCAACCGAGAAAGCUGCGCAUACAAUUGGAUGCCAUGCUGACCCAACUGAAGGAACUGCCCGCGCGACUGAGACAGUACUCGUCGUACGAGUACGUGAAAAAGCUUCUGCAGAAUCAUCUGAAAGUCAACAUGCUCAUCAUAGAACUGAAAUCGGACGCGUUGAAAGAACGGCACUGGAAGCGUCUCACGAAGCAGCUGAAGGUCAAUUGGUCGUUGAACGAGUUGACUCUAGGACAGGUCUGGGACGUCAACCUGCAGAAAAACGAAGGAAUCGUCAAGGAUAUCAUACUGGUGGCUCAAGGAGAAAUGGCGCUUGAAGAAUUCUUGAAACAAGUUCGCGAGGCUUGGCAGAAUUACGAGUUGGAUUUGAUUCAUUAUCAAAACAAGUGUCGCUUGAUUCGCGGAUGGGACGACCUAUUCAACAAAGUCAAGGAACACAUCAAUUCCGUGGCAGCUAUGAAAUUAUCUCCGUACUACAAGGUAUUCGAAGAAGAGACCAUAAGUUGGGAGGAAAAACUCAACAGAAUCAAUGCACUCUUCGACGUUUGGAUCGACGUACAACGAAGAUGGGUGUAUUUGGAAGGCAUCUUUUCUGGCAGCGCAGAUAUCAAAACUUUGCUACCAGUUGAAACAUCACGUUUCCACAGUAUAAGUUCUGAAUUUUUGGGACUCAUGAAAAAGGUCUCAAAGUCUCCCAUGAUAAUGGACAUCUUAAAUAUUCCUGGCGUUCAAAGAUCUCUCGAGCGUCUAGCUGACUUGCUCGGAAAGAUUCAGAAGGCUCUGGGUGAGUACCUCGAAAGAGAAAGAACAUCGUUCCCUCGAUUCUAUUUCGUCGGUGACGAAGAUUUGCUCGAAAUCAUCGGCAACAGUAAGAAUCUGACGAGGCUCCAGAAGCACUUCAAAAAAAUGUUUGCCGGCGUCGCGACCAUCAUACUCAACGAGGAAAACGACAUUAUUUUGGGUAUCGCCUCUCGCGAAGGUGAGGAAGUCAUCUUCCAGAAUCCCGUGUCAACCGUGAUCCACCCCAAGAUCAACGAGUGGCUGUCACUAAUUGAAAACGAGAUGCGAGUCACUCUUGCCUCGAGCUUGGCCAGAGCAGUCGAAGACAUCAAGAAAUUCCGUCAGAACUUCUCAUCGCAAUAUCUAAUGAGCUGGUGCGACAAGUAUCAGGCUCAAAUCGUCAUUCUGGCGGUACAGAUAAUCUGGUCGGAAGACGUCGAGAACGCGCUGCAGGAGGCACAAGAUAAUCAAAAGACCAAUCCGCUCGAGCGCGUGCUGUCCAACGUCGAGAGUACCCUGAACAUCCUAGCCGAUUCCGUACUGCAAGAGCAGCCGGCGCUGCGCCGCAAAAAGCUCGAGCACCUCAUCAACGAGUUCGUGCACAAGCGUACAGUGACGAGGCGACUGAUCGCCAACAACGUCACCAGCCCCAAGGCUUUCGAAUGGCUGUGUGAGAUGAGAUUUUACUUCGACCCGCGGCAUCCCGACGUGUUGCAGCAACUUACCAUCCACAUGGCCAAUUCGAAAUUCUUCUACGGCUUCGAGUAUCUCGGCGUACAGGAUCGACUCGUGCAGACGCCGCUUACCGACAGGUGCUACUUGACCAUGACGCAGGCGCUCGAGUCGCGUCUGGGUGGAUCGCCCUUUGGACCUGCGGGUACGGGAAAAACCGAAUCGGUCAAAGCUUUGGGACAUCAGCUCGGCCGAUUCGUAUUGGUAUUCAAUUGUGACGAGACCUUUGACUUCCAGGCCAUGGGUCGCAUAUUCGUUGGUCUGUGUCAAGUAGGAGCUUGGGGUUGCUUCGACGAAUUCAAUCGUUUAGAAGAGCGUAUGCUCUCGGCUGUAUCGCAGCAAGUCCAGACGAUUCAAGAAGCCUUGAAAAAUCAAAUCGAGGGUAAAAAAGAGGAUGCCUUAUGUGUCGAAUUGGUUGGCAAACAAGUCAAAGUAUCACCCGACAUGGCUAUCUUCAUCACUAUGAAUCCUGGAUACGCCGGCAGAUCGAACUUACCUGACAAUUUGAAAAAACUGUUCAGAUCUUUAGCUAUGACUUCACCAGAUAGACAGUUGAUUGCCGAAGUCAUGUUAUUCAGUCAAGGUUUCCGAAAGGCCGAGAAACUAGCUUGUAAAAUUGUUCCAUUCUUCAGAUUAUGUGAUGAGCAAUUGUCCAAUCAAUCUCAUUACGACUUCGGUCUGAGAGCUCUGAAAUCAGUUUUAAUAUCCGCGGGUAAUGUCAAGCGCGAUCGAAUUCAAAAGAUCAAAGAAACCCUGCAAAGUGAAUCCGACAGUACCAUCGAUGAAGCAUCUAUAGCAGAAAAUCUACCAGAACAAGAAAUAUUGAUUCAAUCCGUAUGUGAAACUAUGGUCCCGAAACUCGUUGCUGAAGAUAUACCGCUUUUAUUCAGCUUAUUGAACGAUGUUUUCCCUAACGUCAACUAUACUCGGGCUGAAAUGAAAGGCCUCAAAGAUCAGAUUAGAAAGGUAUGCGCCGAAGAGUAUCUCAUUUUCGGUGAAAGCGGCGAAAUUGGAGCAGCUUGGCAGGAAAAAGUCCUUCAACUUUAUCAAAUCUGCAAUCUUAAUCACGGUUUAAUGAUGGUUGGACCUAGUGGUUCCGGUAAAACGAGCGCUUGGAAAGUUUUAUUGAAAUCUCUCGAAAGAUUAGACGGCAUGGAGAGCGUUGCGCAUGUAAUUGAUCCCAAAGCAAUCAGCAAAGAAUCUCUGUAUGGUGUGCUCGAUCCAAACACUCGUGAAUGGACUGAUGGUCUUUUCACGCAUAUUUUGAGAAAGAUCAUCGACAAUGUACGAGGAGAAAUCAACAAAAGACAAUGGAUAAUUUUCGACGGUGACGUCGAUCCUGAAUGGGUAGAAAAUUUGAAUUCGGUGCUUGAUGACAAUAAAUUGUUAACUUUGCCGAAUGGUGAAAGAUUGAGUCUUCCACCGAAUGUCCGAAUAAUGUUCGAAGUUCAAGAUUUGAAAUACGCGACACUUGCCACCGUAUCGCGUUGCGGUAUGAUUUGGUUCUCCGAGGAUAUUUUAUCCACCGAAAUGAUUUUCGAUAAUUACAUGUUGCGCCUGAAGAAUAUAGCUCUUGAUGAAGGUGAGGACGAAAUCGUUGUGUCUAAAAAAGUCGAAAGGGACGAGAACAGCACACCAGCUUUAACUGUUCAAAAUCACGCCGCUAAUGUAUUAGCCAGCUUCUUCCAACCGGAGGGUCUUGUAGUGAGAUGUUUAGAAUACGCGAUGAAACAAGAGCACAUAAUGGACUUCACACGACUCAGAGCUCUAAACUCUCUGUUUUCAAUGCUCAAUCAAUCCAUUAGAAACAUCAUACAAUACAAUCACUCUCAUCCAGAUUUCCCAUUGUCCAAUGAAAAACUGGAACAUUAUUUGACAAAGUCAUUGAUUUACGCUUUGCUGUGGAGUUUCACUGGCGAUGCCAAAUUAAAAACCCGAUCAGACUUUGGUGAUUUUAUACGAUCCAUCACUACGAUACACUUACCUGCCCAGGCAAACAUUCCGAUUGUAGAUUAUAAGGUCGAUAUCACUGGAGAGUGGCAACCUUGGAGCAAUAAAGUACCACAAAUCGAAGUCGAAACUCACAAAGUAGCUUGCCCAGAUGUUGUAGUACCCACUCUCGAUACAGUUAGACACGAAAGUCUUCUGUACACAUGGUUGGCAGAACAUAAACCUUUAGUUCUUUGCGGUCCACCUGGAUCAGGAAAAACUAUGACCCUGUUUUCGGCACUUAGAGCUCUACCCGAAAUGGAAGUUGUUGGUCUCAAUUUCUCCUCGGCAACAACGCCAGAACUACUUUUGAAAACUUUCGAUCACUAUUGCGAAUAUCGUAAGACUCCGAACGGUGUCAUCCUGUCCCCGGUUCAACUUGGAAAAUGGCUCGUGUUGUUCUGCGACGAAAUUAAUUUGCCUGAAAUGGAUUUGUAUGGAACUCAGCGAGUAAUUUCAUUCUUGAGGCAGCUCGUGGAGCACAAGGGAUUCUACCGUUCCUCAGAUCAGGCUUGGGUUUCCAUCGAAAGGAUCCAGUUCGUCGGAGCUUGUAAUCCACCCACCGAUCCCGGCAGAAAGCCACUGAGCCAUCGAUUUUUGCGACACGUGCCUGUCAUCUAUGUCGAUUACCCCGGAGAAAUAUCUCUGAAACAAAUUUACGGAACAUUCGUACGCGCAAUGUUGAGAUUAGUACCUGCGCUGAGGAGUUACGCGGAACCGCUCACAAACUCAAUGGUCGAGUUCUAUUUGACAUCUCAAGAACACUUCACCCAGGACAUGCAGCCUCAUUACAUCUAUUCUCCUAGAGAAAUGACUCGCUGGGUCCGUGGCAUAUGCGAAGCCGUAAGACCUUUGGAAACUCUGAGUCCCGAGGGUCUCGUACGUCUCUGGGCUCACGAGGCUCUGCGACUGUUCCAAGAUCGUUUGGUCGAAGACGCGGAAAGAAUCUGGACUAACAAGAUGAUUGACGCCGUCGCUCUAAAGCACUUCCCCGGCAUCGAUGGUCAAACUGCUCUCAAGCGACCUAUUCUGUACAGUAAUUGGUUGACCAAAGAUUACGUGCCUGUAAGUAGAUCGGAACUGCGUGACUACGUGAAAGCUAGACUGAAAGUAUUUUACGAGGAAGAAUUGGACGUGCAUCUGGUAUUGUUCGACGAAGUUCUGGAGCAUGUGCUACGAAUCGAUCGAAUCUUCCGUCAACCGCAAGGACAUUUGCUGCUCAUCGGUGUUUCUGGAGCCGGAAAAACGACCCUGUCCAGAUUCGUAGCCUGGAUGAACGGAUUAACUGUGUUCCAGAUCAAAGUUCACAACAAGUAUACCGCCGAAGAUUUUGACGAAGAUUUGCGUCAAGUACUGCGACGCUCAGGCUGCAAAGACGAAAAGAUAGCCUUCAUCUUGGACGAGUCAAACGUUCUGGACUCGAGCUUCCUGGAGCGAAUGAACACGCUCCUAGCCAACGGUGAAGUGCCCGGUCUGUUCGAGGGCGACGAGUACUCGACUUUGAUGACACAAUGCAAGGAAGGCGCCCAGCGAGAGGGACUGAUGCUCGAUUCCAAUGAAGAGCUUUAUAAGUGGUUCACCGGCCAGGUGAUGAAAAAUCUCCACGUCGUCUUCACCAUGAACCCGAGCACUGCAGAACUGAAAAGUCGUGCCGCUACAUCGCCCGCUCUGUUCAAUCGUUGCGUGCUCAAUUGGUUCGGUGAUUGGUCCGAUAACGCACUGUUCCAAGUCGGCAAGGAAUUCACCGGUCGCAUCGACUUGGACAAUCCGCACUGGAUCUGUCCGGACUAUUUCCCGUCUAGUUGCUCGAUGGUGAACGAUAAGAUAACCCAUCGCGAGGCCGUGGUCAACGCCUUUGUAUACGUGCAUCAGACGCUUUACAAGGCCAACUCGAAAUUGGCCAAGAGAGGCUACAGGACAAUGUCGAUAACACCACGACAUUAUUUGGACUUCAUCAACCACUUCGUAAAAUUGUACCAAGAGAAGCGCAGCGAUCUGGAAGAGCAACAACUUCAUCUCAACGUAGGUCUGAGCAAAAUAGCCGAAACCGUCGAGCAAGUCGAGGAGAUGCAGAAGAGCCUCGCCGUCAAAUCCCAAGAACUGCAGGCUAAGAACGAAGCAGCCAACGCCAAGCUCAAACAGAUGGUCAAAGAUCAGCAGGAGGCUGAACGUAAGAAGGUUCAAAGUCAAGAUAUUCAACAACAAUUAGCCGUGCAAACCGUGGCUAUAAACCAGAAGAGGGACGACGUAAUGGCCGAUCUAGCGCAAGUCGAGCCAGCCGUCAUCGACGCCCAGAACGCCGUGAAAUCCAUCAAGAAGCAACAUCUGGUCGAGGUGCGAUCGAUGGCCAAUCCACCGGCCAUCGUCAAGGUAGCACUGGAGUCCAUAUGUCUGCUGCUCGGCGAGAACGCCAACGAUUGGAAAUCCAUUCGUGCCGUCAUCAUGCGCGACAACUUCAUCAAUACGAUCGUGUCGAACUUUAGUACCGAGAACAUCACCGACGACGUACGCGAAAAAAUGAAGAGCCGCUAUCUGGUCAAUCCGGACUACAACUUUGAGAAGGUGAAUCGCGCCAGUAUGGCUUGUGGACCUUUGGUCAAAUGGGCCAUCGCCCAGAUCGAGUACGCGGACAUGCUAAAACGCGUCGAGCCGCUGCGCGAGGAACUGUUCUCGCUGGAGCAACAGGCCGAGACGAACAAGAACAAGGGCGAGGAAGUGAAGAACCUGAUCUCGCAGCUGGAGCUGAGUAUCGCCUCGUACAAGGAGGAAUACGCCCAGCUCAUAUCCCAAGCGCAGGCCAUCAAAACCGACCUGGAGAAUGUGCAGGGCAAGGUCGACCGAUCGAUCGCUCUUCUCAAGUCGCUGGUGAUCGAGCGAGAGAGAUGGGAGUUGACCAGCGAGACGUUCAGAAGCCAGAUGUCGACCAUUGUGGGCGACGUGCUGCUGUCAUCCGCAUUCCUGGCUUACGCCGGAUACUUCGAUCAACACUAUCGUCAGAGCCUCUUCUCCACUUGGUGUCAGCAUCUGCACAACGCCAAGCUGCAGUUCCGUAUGGACAUCGCCCGCACGGAAUACUUGUCCAAUCCGGACGAGCGUCUCAGGUGGCAGGCCAACGCCCUGCCGACCGACGAGCUGUGCAUGGAGAACGCUAUUAUGCUGAAACGCUUCAACCGCUAUCCACUCAUCAUCGAUCCCUCGGGCCAGGCCACGGAAUUCUUGCUCAACGAAUUCAAAUCGCGCAAGAUCACCAAGACCAGUUUCCUGGAUGACUCGUUCAGAAAGAACUUGGAGAGCGCCUUGAGAUUCGGAAAUCCUUUGCUCGUGCAAGACGUGGAAAAUUACGAUCCUAUACUGAAUCCAGUCUUGAACAGAGAACUGAGGCGCACCGGUGGACGUGUUUUGAUCACGCUCGGCGACCAAGACAUCGAUUUGUCGCCGUCGUUCGUCAUUUUUCUGUCGACCAGGGACCCUACUGUCGAAUUCCCACCGGACAUCUGCUCGAGAGUGACCUUCGUGAAUUUCACGGUCACGCGCAGCUCGCUGCAGAGCCAGUGCUUGAAUCAAGUGCUCAAGGCCGAGCGUCCCGAUAUCGAUGAGAAACGAUCCGACUUGUUGAAGCUCCAGGGUGAGUUCCAUCUGCGUUUGAGGCAGCUAGAAAAAUCUUUGCUGCAGGCCCUGAACGACGCCAAGGGUAAGAUCCUUGAUGACGACUCCAUCAUCACGACUCUGGAAACACUGAAGCAAGAGGCUGCCGACAUCAGCAAGAAGGUCGAGGAAACCGACAAAGUCAUAUCUGAAAUCGAGAACGUGUCCCAUCAAUAUCUGCCGCUGUCUCAAGCUUGCUCUAACAUCUAUUUCACGAUGGACAGCUUGAACCAGAUUCACUUCUUGUAUCAGUACUCGUUGAAGAUGUUCCUCGACAUAUUUACCUCCGUGCUGACGAAGAGCCCGGAACUCUCGAAGCUGUCCGGCUAUACCGAGCGAUUGAACCACAUCACCAAAGACCUCUUCUCCGUCUGUUACGAGAGAGUCGCGAGAGGUAUGCUGUAUCACGAUCGACUCACCUUUGCCUUGCUCCUCUGUCGCAUCCAACUCAAGGGAAUGCUGCCCGGAGCCAGCUACGACAAGGAGUUCUCGUUCUUCUUGCGUGGCAAGGAGGGCGUGCUGAAGGAGAUCUCCCUUAACAUUCCUUACCUCAGCUCGGAACAGGUCGAAGCCAUGGUUCGACUGAGCUCCAAAUUACCGCAAUUCUUGAAGCUGCGUGACGACGUGCAAGACAGCGCUGACUUCAAUGCCUGGCUACAGUGCCAGACGCCCGAAACUUGCGUGCCGAAACUUUGGAACGAAGAGAAGGUGACGUCGAAACUUGGCGUAUCGAUCAACCAACUGUUGAUCAUACAAGCUUUCAGACCCGAUCGCGUCAUUGCCUCCGCAUCUUUGGUCGUCGAUUCCAUUCUCGGCGAAUCGUUCAUGAGCUCGGCGGAGAGCGAGCUGAACUUUGUCAACGUCGUCGAAAACGAGCUGAAAUCGUCGGUACCGGCUCUGCUGUGCUCAGCGCUUGGAUUCGAUGCCUCCAGUCGUGUCGACGAUUUAGCAGCCGAGUUGGGCAAACAGAUCGUCAGCAUAGCCAUCGGUUCCGCAGAAGGUUUCAGCCAGGCUGACAAGGCCAUUAAUCAUGCCGUAAAGACAGGCAGAUGGGUACUCCUGAAGAACGUGCAUUUGGCACCCCAAUGGCUCGUCCAGCUGGAAAAGAAGUUGCACAGUCUGCAGCCACAUCAAAACUUCCGGUUAUUCUUGACCAUGGAGAUCAACUCGAAGGUGCCGGUCAAUUUGCUGAGAGCCGGUCGCAUAUUUGUGUUUGAGCCACCGCCAGGCAUAAGGGCCAAUCUGCUGAGGACGUUUAACACCGUGCCGGCAGCGAGAAUGAUGAAACAGCCGAACGAAAGAGCUCGUCUGUACUUCCUUCUAGCGUGGUUCCAUGCCAUCGUCCAAGAGCGUUUGCGAUACGUACCUCUUGGUUGGGCCAAAUAUUAUGAGUUCAACGAGAGCGAUCUGAGAGUAGCCUGUGACACCCUGGACACCUGGAUCGACUCGACGGCCAUGGGCAGAACGAAUUUGCCACCAGAAAAGGUUCCAUGGGACGCCAUUAUCACGCUGCUCUCUCAGUGCAUUUACGGCGGUAAGAUCGACAACGACUUCGAUCAGCGUCUGCUCACCUCGUUCCUGAGGAAGCUCUUCACGCCGAGAUCAUUCGACGCGGACUUCGCCCUCGUGGCCAACGUCGAUGGCAAUGUGAAUAAUCAGCGUCACAUUACCAUGCCCGAGGGCACGAGGCGCGAUCACUUCCUCAAAUGGAUCGAGUCGCUAUCGGACAAGCAGACACCGAGCUGGCUCGGAUUGCCGAACAACGCCGAGAAGGUGCUGCUGACCAACAAGGGCACGGACUUGAUUUCCAAGCUGCUGAAGAUGCAGCUGCUCGAAGACGAGGACGAAUUGGCCUAUAGUAACGAUGAGUCGCUGGAUACGACACACGAAGCGGAGACCGACGGUCGUCCGGUUUGGAUGAAGACCCUCUUCAAUUCGGCCUCAACUUGGCUGCAAUUGCUACCAAAGAACUUGGAAACUUUGAAGAGAACUGCGGAGAAUAUCAAAGAUCCUCUGUACAGAUACUUCGAGAGAGAAGUCAAAAUUGGCUCUCAAAUUCUCAAGGACGUAAUAAACGAUUUGGAAGAUGUCGUGUCGAUAUGUCAAGGCGAGAAAAAGCAGAACAAUCACCAUCGCACCAUGUUAUCGGAUCUUCUGAAAGGUAUUUUACCAUCAAACUGGAGAAGAUAUACCGUGCCAUUCGGAUGUACAGUCAUACAAUGGAUUACUGACUUUAGUCAUAGAAUUUCACAGCUGCAAGAAGUGUCGCGAUUAGUUUUGCAAUUAGGAGCCAAAGAGUUGAAGAAUUUCCCUGUAUGGCUCGGUGGUUUAUUCAAUCCCGAGGCUUACAUUACGGCAACCCGCCAAUGCGUCGCCCAAGCCAACUGCUGGCCUCUCGAGGAAUUGCAUUUGGAAGUCAACGUGAGCAACAACGAGCACAGCGAGAGCAGCGAUUGCUCGUUCUCUAUAACCGGAUUGAAGCUUCAAGGCGCCCAAUGUAAAAAUAAUCAGCUAUUCUUAACAUCGACCAUCAUGACGGAUUUGCACAAAGUAACUCUGCGCUGGAUUCGCAUCACGUCAGGAAAAACGAAUUAUUGCAAGCUGACGCUACCGGUUUACUUGAACAGCACGCGUACCGAUUUGUUGUUUACUAUUAAUUUGAACAUAGCGCCCAAUCAGGAUCCGCACAGCUUCUACGAGAGAGGCGUAGCUAUUAUUAGUUCUACGGCAUUAAAUUAAACAAAUAAGAAGUUACAUUUAUUAUGCAUUUGAAAAAUAUAUAUAUUUUGUUUUUUUCUACUAAUGCGGAUGAUUUUGCAUUCGGUGUUAGCCUGAUGUAUUAAAACAAUUUUUAUUUUGAAUAAAUUCAAACAUUACUAAUAUUA